GAAGAAGAAGAAGAAGAAGAAGAAGAAGAAGGAAAAGAAGAGCGCAGGUCGGAGGCCUCGUUUCUGAACCCACAGAGGAUCGAGAUCCGUCAUGGUGCACGCAGAAAUAGAAGAGGAGACCACUGAGGAAGAGCCCAUAGACGUAUUCCAGGAGCGGCUGAUCUUGUUCGUGGCCCUGUUCACGGCCGUGUCUCUGAUCAGCGCCACCGUGAUGGGAGUGGCGCAGCUGCUGAAGCUCGAAGUGCGGCGGCCGGGUGGUCACACGCUGCCGCUGGAGGCGAAUGACACCGCGGACGCGUCCGACUGGAGCGUGGCGGCUGCUGCGUCUCCAUGGCGACCAAUCCACUACGACCUGCUGCUGCACCCGCGAAUGGAGAACCGGACGUACGACGGGUACGUCCACGCCGUCUUCGAGAUCCAGCACAACGCACGAAAGAUCGUGCUCGACUGCAGCCGGAAGCUGGAAAUCAUGACGACAGUGCUCCGCUGGCAGUCGUUUCCCGUGCGCGUCACACGCGUUCUCCGUGACGGCAGCAAGAUCGUCAUCGACACGACUCACCUUCUCAGGAAGGGUCGCACGUACAACCUCACCGUGCAGUUCCAGGGCCGAUUCGGCCGGGAAUCCGGUCUGGUCAUGAAGCGAGAUGGCAAUGAAGUUGUUUUGCUCAUGUUACCCUGGAAGCUGGACGCUCACGUGAGCUUCCCGUGCUUCAAAGAUCCCGGAUGGAAGACGACCUUCGACGUGCGCCUCCUAACGGACGAACACUUACGCACCUCCUCAACGGCCCGCGUAAUGAACGUCUCGACGCAAAGCAACGGCACCGUAGUGCACGUCUUCCACAGAACGGAGCCCAUGUCGGCUUACCAGCUGACCGCCAUCUUCACGAAUUUCACCAUGGUCUCCCACGAGAGGUUCAACUUUUGGACGACCGCUGCCUUGGUGCCUUACCGGUCCACCAUGCUGAGGAUCAUCGGGCAGGCAAUGGACCUGCUCGAGGAGCUUGUGGGCGCGUGGAGCAACACGUCGCAGGUGCUCGACCUGGUGGUGGUGCCCAACUUGCCAAAAGCGGCCCUGUCCGGAGCCGGUUUCAUCGGCAUCCGGCAAGGAGAGCUCUCCCGCUUGCCCGUCUAUCAGCGCAGCAAGUGGGUCGUACCGGUCAUCCUACACAUCGUCCUUCAGUUUUUCGUCUCGUAUGCCACGCCUCGUGUCCUGAAGGACAUAUGGGUUGCCGCGUCCCUGGCGUACCCGUUCCAGCGCCAGAUUCUUCAACACGUGGGCCUCGGCGAGUACCUGGACCAGUGGCGGCUUCUGGAACGCAGCCGGGCCAUGCACAACGAAGACAACGGCCUGAAUUGCAGCUCUAAGCGCACCAUGCUGAUCUUCUCGAUGCUUGCCGACCUGUGCCCCGUGACGAUAGACUCUGGCAUCAAGCGCUACAUGAAGGAGAACGAGUACGGAGUGGCCGACGGCGCGAUCCUCUGGCGGACUCUGGACCUGUCGGGACUGCUGUCUCGCCACAUGGACACGUGGACCGACUACGGAGGUUACCCCGUGCUUAGCGUGCUCCGGGUAGACGACGCCCGCGGACCCGGGCUUAUCCUGAAGCAGGGUUGGCACUGCUUCGACGACUUGAAAUGCAACGAGACGCUCGUGUGGGCGGUGCCGUUCGUGCUGGACGUGCAGGGAGGCGUCCGAGUGCCAGAAAAGGGCGCCCUCUGGUUCAGAGGAAACAUCCAGCGCUACAACGUGGCGCGGGACCUGAGCUCGUCGUGGUUCCUCGUGAACACCGCCACGGUGUCCUACUUCCGCGUCCAGUACGACGCGAACAACGUGGCCCUCCUGACGCGCCAGCUGCUGACAGAUCACACGGUCCUGACCGACACCGCCAGGGCCCUCUUCCUCGAUGACAUGGUCGCGCUGACCGUCAGGCGGAUGGUGUCAGUCGAUGCCCUCGUGGGACUGCUCACGUAUCUGCAGAAGGAGGAGAGCUGCGCGGUGUGGCAGUUGUACUCUAAGACUGCCCUGAAGGCCUUGGAGCACUUCUCCGGUAGAACCGAGUACAGGCCCUUCUACCUGAGGAACCAGGAAGUCUGCAUCCUCUUGCAGCUGGAGCCCGCCAUCGGCGGGUGCCUUGAAGUGAUGCGUCGGAAGACGUGCUGCAAUUUCAUCUCGUGCACUACGCCCCACACCACUGCGCCUAAAUAGGCGCUAGAUUGUUACUUUUCUAUUUUUUUUUCUUUUUUCAAAUGCGAUGUAUGUCAACUGCGUAAGCUGAAAUUAUAACGCGAUUUUCAAAUUUUU